AUGGACCCCUUGUCAAUUAUAGCCAGUAUCGCUGGCAUAGCGUCAGCCGGCGCUCAACUCUCAAACACUCUUUUCAAGCUUUACAAGACAGUAAAGAAUGCACCCAGAGAGAUCCAAUUGGUUGCGAUUGAGAUGUCUGGCUUGACCUCCACUCUUGAGCACUUACACGACAUCAUCAGAACGGGGCAAUCUUAUGCAAAGCCACAGUUCUGCGAUGCUGUUCGACAUGUUGUCAAGAACAUCCAGGUGACGCAGGAAGAAAUUGACAAGAUGGUGGCUGAUGAGAGUAUGUUGCGGAGGGUCAAGUGGCUCAAAGCUUCGAGACUGCUUUCCGACAUUGAUAAGCAUAAGGUCACAUUGACUUUGCAGAUUGCCAUUCUUUCAGCGGCUGUUCUCGUCAAGUCCACCAGCGGCCGUCUAUCAAUACAAAAGAAGGUGGAAAACCGAUUCAAGGCCCAAGCCGAAAGCCUUGUCCUGGCUGGUCAAGCCUCAUUUCAGAAUGAUGAGUCGGAACCAAUCCCAGACCCUCCUCAAGAAAGAGCACCAAGUCCCCCAGUUCGCACAAGCAAAAGACUACCAAGUCCCGUGCGUGAGUCUGAGAUCCCCGGACACGUAAGAACAGAGGAGCUCUACGGUCAAAGCAAGAAUGAAGACAACGCAUUUCUUUCUGCGAGUGAGAAAGAAGAGGUCCAUUCAGCACUUGCGCUAAGUGUAAAGGACACUGUACUGCCAGAAAGACGCUACACCGUUCCUGCGAUUGAUGAUAAAGAUGAGGAAGGCAUCUCAUCUGAAGACGAAGACAGAGUGUCCCGACGUCGCGGAAGGUCGGGGUUUGAUCCACUGUCCGGUCGUAGCAUUGCGCAAUUUGGGCCUGAUUUCCACCGACGCGGCGAUGCAGCUACAUUUCUAUACAACCUCGUAUUUCUCAACGAGAUGCCGGUGAAAGGAAAACCAGAUCAGAGCUCACAUCUGAGAGACAUUGGAAGCGAAGAAAAGACAGAAGUGCGGUACCGACAUCCACAUUCGGAUGAUUUGUAUGACGAUGAAUACUAUGACUCUGGAAACAAGGAGGGUCCUCGGGAGAGAGUGAGAUUCAAGAACCCCAAUCCACAAGAACCGGGAAGGAUCGUUAAUCGCCUACUUUUGGCUUGGACAUCACUGAGCGAAAACGAGCUUGAGAAGGGGAAACCGGAUAAUCAGGCCGAUAGAAGCAAGGCGUUUGAAGAAAGUGACAGCUCUGACAGUGAAGAAUCGCUCUACGGAUCUGAGAACCCAGAUACAACCUGGAGAAGAGAAGCAAGAUCAGCUCGCAAUAGGUUCCUAAGAGAAGAGAUCAAUUACAACAAUAAGCCGGAGUUUGAUCCUCGUGGUCGCAGGAUACUCAGACCAACACAAACUUCGGGUCGUCCCUUUGAAUAUACGAAUGCACCCCCACGAAACAAUGGCUUUUCACCAGUAUCAGCAGAACCAACUAUGCCGUACCCGAAUGGUGGCUAUGGCCAGCCAUACGCUCAGGCUCGAAAUCCUUAUGCUCCGUCUUACGGAUCUUCGGACCAGACAAGCUGGAUGCCUGGUGCAUCAAACUCCUCUCAUAGAUACCCUUUCCCACCACCACCACCUGGAGAGACAUAUUCGCCCCCAUCAACUCAGUCACAGAACCCAGCUACAGAGACAAAACCAGUGAGAUCAAAGUUCCAGAAACCUGGUUUUGUUGUUCUGCCACAAACAGACUUUGCAGACUAUGAGGCUGGGCCAAUGACCCCCAAACUUGACCUCACGUCUGUUAACUUAGGUAUCAUGAGGCAAGGAGAUGAGCCAAUCUGGGACUGCGAUGCUUUCAUGUCUGAAAAGGGUUACCCAGGGAAAGCGAUUAUGGGUGCACUUAUUGGUGAUAAAUCUGCUAGAAAUCCUCACGGAUUAGAUCUGGCGCAUACGUUGAUGAAAGGAAGAAGUUUGAAGCUUGUUUAUAUACGAGGCAAUGACCUCGGUGAAACCUGGUUCAUCAAUGAACAGCCUGUUUUCUUGCAGUUCCUUCAUUCUGGGUACUUACCUCAGUUCUACCCAGCGAAGGAGACCGAUGAGAGAGCCAUGAAGGAAGAGUACGUGGCUAUCGGAGAAGAAUGGGCCAGCUUCGAAGCUUUACAACAACUUGGAUUGGUGGUCAAGGGAAGAGAAGAAGGGCGUGUUUUGUUGGACCCUAGCUCGACAUGGUCAAUGAUUAAAGAGCUUGCUACUACGACUCUCCAGCUGAGAAGCAUGCGACAGAGACGUACUUUCACCUCGACUUUCUAUAAACCGCUAUCUCUGUUCCAACAAAAACAUAGAGUUGAAGUACCCUCACUUGUGGCAACAACGAUUUCUCAAACUCGAGUACCUGCUGUUCCAGACAGACGUGCCACGGUUGAGGAUGAAAGCGAAGUUGACAUUAUAGAACUGCCGAUAAAUAAAAAGCCCAAAAAUACACCAGAAGAAAACACAGACGCCCAAAGCAGUGCAGCACCAAGCACACUUCAACCACAGAUCUCCAUCACCCCACCAUCAACACCUCAGCAGACCUCACCCGACUAUUUGGACACAAGCGAGGUAGCAUCGCACGUUUCUUCAGGGUCGCGCUUGUCUAGGUUUGUGAAGCGUUACAAAACAGGAGGGAAAAAGAACCUGUCUUUGCCUCUGCAUCGGCAGAGCCCAAAGACUAGUGGAAACGGAAGUGAGAGCAUUGAGUGGCAGGAUGACGAUAAAAGACCCCUAACACCAACGGACUCGGGUGUUGGAAGCUCCAUAGUCUCGGGGCGAUAG